AGGCCGCUAUUCACCCUCUUAUUUCCAGCCUUCGUGAAAGGCCGUUUGACGAGCCUUGAGACAAGGCCAAAGACGAACGAUCUUUUGCCUCGGAGAAUCUAGGGUCUGGCUAGGAGAAUAUUGGGAACAAUUUAGUACUUAGAACAUAUUGGGUUGAGUUGGAGUGGGGGAAAAGCCCCUUUUCGAGCGGCUUCUCUAUUGGCCAACUCCAUUGAGUAUGGUGGAUCUCAAGACGUUCAAGAAGUUGUGUUUGUUCGACGACAGAUUUUGAUACCACAGUCCUGCUCAGUAUCAUCAUGAUUAACAACAUGAUAUAGAACUUGGUGGCCUUUGUUACUUUGAGCACGCAGGAAAUUGGAGUCGUUCCCUUCGCUGAAGCUCCUCGGCAAGAAAAUGAAUACAUCCAAGGCCCGACCAAGUCUGCAUGGCGACCGUAAUCACUAUCUAUGAGCUUUCGGUCGUCGCAUUGGAUGAGAUCGAGGAGAAAUGUGGGUGACAAAGUUCGACAAUCGUUUCCCACUUACAACGAGCAUUGGAAGAGCCUUUUAUCUUUGCGAGCUGCUCAACGGAAGACUUGACCAAAAAAACUCCCUCCCUCCCUGCCAUCAUUCUAAGAAGAGGAGAAGACCAAAUCGUCACUUGGCUAGUGAAAUCAAGGCCAAACUCGUGGUUGCGACACUUUAGAAGCCCCCUUUUUCGCCACUCCCGGAUAUCGUCAUUGAACCGUCUUCCUCUUUUUUCCCUUUCCUCUCUUUCUCUUUCUCUUUUCUUCCCUGGGUUUUCCACAAUGGACUAAUAAAGCCAAGUCUCCAAAUUAAAGGCCACUCACUCGGUUGAGCCGUCAAAAUGGCGAGGCAAUUAUCUUCAUUACUGGUCAUUAUUUUCUGGGCCAACGGUUGUCAGAGUGGGAUGCCACGGUGUGACGGCAAGGGCAUUGAUUUCUCGCUCACGCCCUAUUGCCUCCCACAGGAUUACAACAAAGACAUCGUUCCGCCCACGGAUGGCCCCCUGUACAUCAACGUGGACAUCUGGGUGUUCGAGGUGUCAAAAAUUGAUGACAUAUCACUCUCCAUGACCUUCGAGCUUUACUUCGAUCUCACAUGGAAAGAGACCCGUCUAAACAUCAAUGAGUCCUCCGAGGAAUGGAGCGAUAAAGGUGUAAUGGGCUCCACGAAUUUUGUUCAAUCCAUUUGGCUACCUGAUAUUCAGAUUCUGAAUCUCAAAGAGUUCCGCAAAAGGACCAUUGUCACGGAUGUGGCGGGAUUGAUCAUCUUCAAGGAUAAACGAGUGCUCUACACAAUUUCCACGGAGGCCGUCAUAUCAUGUCCAAUGAAGUUCAGUGCCUACCCUUUGGACCAUCAGGAAUGUAAAUUCAAUGUUGGGAGCUACAUCCACGAUGCUACCCAGAUCUUCUUUAACGGAACCUUUGGUCACGAUGUCAAGAAUCAGAGGGCUCAGCAAUACGAAAUCGGCAUUCUUCCCUUAGAUGAUGCAGACAAGACCAUUGUAUGGGUCAACAGAAAUUAUUCUCAGACCGGCUUCAAGAUUAAUCUUAUUCGAAGACGAACCCCUGUGCUUCUACAAACCUAUCUUCCCUCCGGACUUUUUGUCAUUGUGUCUUGGAUCUCUUUCAUAGUACCUCCAGAAGUUGUGCCAGGUCGAAUGGCUUUGCUUGUGACCCUAUUCCUGGUGCUGGUCAACAUCUUCACUCAUGUGUCGGAUAACGCUCCCAAAGCUGAGGGGUUGACUGCCGUCGAAACUUGGGUGGUCAUGUGCAUCCUUCACGUGUUCUGUGUGCUUUCCGAAUAUGCCAUCAUUCUGAAGAUCAUUCAAGUGGAGAAGCGGAGGAAUGAACGGACGCAGAAGAUCAUCACCAAGUCUCAUAAUCACCUGUUCAGACCUCAAAACAGUAACGGGGAUCACAACCACUUCCCUCCUCCGGCAGCUCGAUCCGUGCAGCAUCAGAUCUCACAAAGAGUCCACAGCGGCUCAUCCACGCCGCUCGAGCAGAUCUUCCAGACGGAUCCGGAUUUUGGGCACAACCCUCCGUCAGAUUCACCACCGUCCGGUUCAAGUGGAACCACCGAACAUCCCCACCACUCCCAUUUGCAUCAUCGUCAUCUCAAAGAUUUCUCCGUUUACUCGCCCACGGGGACUGCGGGGGGUCCGAUCACCCACCACGUGCUUCACCACGCUUCCAGCCACAACGACUUGCUCAAUAGCCAUCAUAACAACAAAUGCCCUCUUCAUCGCAAGAUGGACAGUGAACAAGAGACGUCAUGGAACGGCCUCGACUUCAGCGUGACACGCCCUGUGGGUUCAACCCGCAUAUCGAAUGGUGUGAGAGGCUUAAGUGACGUAGGUGGGGCCAUUGUCAUGCAGAGACUCUCCCGAGAGCAACGCGACAAGUAUGAACGCGUGGAUAAUAUUGCUAUGUGGCUGUUUCCAAUUAUUUUCUUUGCGGUCAAUGUGUGUUAUUGGUCCUAUUUCCUACUCUUCAACGAAAUGAUCCAAGAUCUUUGGUAGAAGAAGGAGUUGGAAAAAACAAUCAUCGCACCCACAUGUGACCUUGAGCAGUUCGCGCCAAAGGUUUGAGGUGGGAGUGAGUUCUUAGCACUGUUUGAGAAAUUGGCCAAGUUUUUGUCAAUGGCCAAUGGGAAAGUGCGGAUCGUGAACGAUGGAUAUCCUCAUCCGUAAAUCCGUGAGAGUCAUCUCGCCAGCCUCAUCGUUCGUUAUCCAGCCUUGCACUACCUACCUACCCAUGAACCAUACGUACAGUAUAAGGCAACCCAAACUUCUCAUCACAUCAACUCUUCAAGUAAAAUAAUAAGAUUACGAGGAUUGGAAGCAAAAAGUUAUUCCAAUCGGAUGUUCGGCUUCCCCUACCUUCCAUCUCUUCCUGCACGCACCUAUCAUACCGUUGAUAUUACUUUUGGGUGACUUCAGCACGCCAACUGAAGAACGGCUAUUUGGUUGACAAUGAAUAGUUGAUGACCGAUGAGUGAAAGUUAUCACCUAGACACUCAUAAUCCUAAUCCAUCUUCAUAGUACUAUACGCUGAACUAUGACUAGAAAAUAAAUUCUUACCAGCUCA